UUUUGCACUGUGCCGUUUUACACCUCACCAGAAAAUUCAGAUCGAGAUUUACGACAGAGUUAAGAGAGAGAAAGGGAGAGAAUAGAGAUAGAGAGAGAGAAAGAGCGAGAGAGCUUUCAGUAGAUCGCUCUCUCCGAUUGUACUCUGAAGCCGCAACUGCAACUGCAACUGUGAUCGAUCACUCACUCCUCUUCUGUUUGAAGAUAAAGUUGGUGGCACCAUGAAUUUCUUGAUGCGGUCUACUUCACAUGUGCAUGUGGAGCGGACACCAAUUCCAGAGUCGCCUCAGGCGGAUACUCCCCAGACUACUUCUGGGACUUCUUCGGAGACUCUUGAUUCUGAGGAUCCAUAUUCACGGUUGUCCACAAUUGAAGAGUUUGAUGGAGAGAUUGAUGGUGAAAAUGGCAAUGUGUCUGGUAACGGUUCAAGAAAGGACAUGCCAAUUCUAGCUAAGCACGUGGAUGUUUCUGAAGAAGAAGGAUGGAUUGCCAUUCCAUGCAAGGAACUUCCUAAAAGCUGGAAUGACGUGUCGGAUAUACAGUCCCUGCACUCUCUUGAUCGUUCAUUUCUUUUUCCUGGGGAGCAAGUUCAAAUCGUGGCAUGUUUGUCUGCAUGUAAGCAUGAUACAGAGAUUAUCACUCCAUUUAAAGUUGCUGCAAUGAUGAGUAAGAAUGGCAUAGGUCACAGCCCCGAGAAACAAAAUGGAAACAUUGAGGACAGAAGUAAUUCAGGAUCUGGAGAAGGGCAAAUCAGUUCCAGUAGUCAAGAGCAGAAAGAGGAAAGCCUGUCGAAACCAAAGGCUGAUCACCCGGCAGAUGUUUCUGCUGGUGAAUCCCUUUUAAGGAUGGAGGUUCACAAAAGGCAAACUGCAUUGUUGUUGCAAAGAUUUGAGAAUUCUCACUUCUUUGUAAGGAUAUCGGAGUAUGAUGAACCAUUAUGGUCCAAACGAAGUUCAUCAGAAAAGUCCAGCUCCUCUGAAUUCGAUGAUCUGAAGGCCUCAACAAUUGGAGUUAGAGAGACUGCAAAAGACUCGUCUUCUAUUAGUGCUAUUAUUGAUAGAGGAAAUUUUGAUGCAAAUAUUUCUGGUGGUGUGGCAAGAAAUUCUGUCAAGUGUUUUGCUCUCCCUAACGGAGACAUAGUGGUUCUUUUACAGGUGAAUGUGGGUGUUAAUUUUCUUAGAGACCCUUGUAUAGAAAUCCUUCAAUAUGAAAAGUACCAGGAUAAUGUAUUGUCUCCACAGAACCAGGGCAGUUCAGUUAACAUGAGUCAGGAUCAGUGUGGUGAACUAUUGAUGUGGUUACUUCCAUUAGAUAACACUCUCUCCUCCCCUUCUCGACCAUUAUCUCCUACUAAGUUACCUUCAAGUACAGGAACUGGAAGCGCUUCUCACAGACACCAUUAUUCUGCUUCCGCUGGGUCUCAGUCAUUCUUUGCCCAUUUCAGAAGUUACUCCAUGUCAUCAUUACCCCAAAAUACUAGUAUUCCACCUGUUGCUCCUGUUAAGGCAGCUAGUUCUAAGCCAGCCUUUGACAUGGAGGAUUGGGAUCAGAUCUCAUUUCAGAAGUUAAGGAGAAAAAAUGAUGUUGAAGAACUUUUAUCUUUUCGAGGAGUCUCAUUAGAGCGAGAAAGAUUUUCUGUUUGCUGUGGAUUAGAAGGUAUUUAUACGCCCGGAAGAAGGUGGAGAAGGAAACUUGAAAUAAUACAACCUGUGGAGAUUCAUUCUUUUGCUGCCGACUGCAAUACAGAUGAUCUUUUGUGCGUUCAGAUAAAGAAUGUUGCUCCAGCUGAUGCUCCAGAUAUUGUGAUAUUUAUAGAUGCCAUAACAAUUGUUUUUGAUGAGGCUACCAAAAGUGGACUACCAUCAUCAUUACCAAUUUCAUGUAUUGAAGCUGGACAUGAUCAUUCUUUACCAAAUUUAGCCCUCAGGAGAGGGGAAGAGCAUUCUUUUAUUCUUAAACCUGCAACUUGGAAGAAUCUUAAGAUGCAGGAUGAAACAAAUUCUCAAUUGUCAAAGUCACAUUCUGGAAACUCGGCAUCAUCAUUAAAUUCUUCACCUCAGAGUCUUGACCGAAGGAAGGCUGCUUUGAAUGAUGAUCAAUAUGCAAUUGUGGUAUCAUGUCGAUGUAAUUAUACAGCUUCACAAUUAUUCUUCAAGCAACCAACCAGUUGGCGACCACGUACAUCAAGGGAUAUACUGAUCUCUGUUGCAUCUGAGAUGUCAGGAGAGUCUCCUGGACCUUAUGCAAGAAAUUCCCCACUUCCUGUGCAGGUCUUGACUCUUCAAGCUUCAAAUUUUACAUCUGAAGAUUUAACUUUGACGGUGCUUGCUCCAGCCUCAUUUACUUCACCACCUUCAGUGGUCUCACUGAAUUCACCCACUAGUUCAAUGAGUCCAUUUGUUGGUUUUACUGAGUUUCUGGGAAGGGUGAAUGUUGAAAGGCAUACUAGUGUUACCCAAGGACAGAGCUUCAGUCCUCUUGUAAAAGAAAAUGAGAAACAAAGCAAUCAUGGUGCACCUCAGUCAUCUUCAAUGAAUGAUGUCAUUCCUAGUUCUGGUCUGAGUUGUACACAUUUAUGGCUGCAGAGUAGAGUUCCACUUGGUUGUGUACCGUCUCAAUCCACAGCAACUAUUAAGCUUGAGCUACUUCCAUUGACUGAUGGCAUAAUCACGCUUGACUCAUUGCAAAUUAAUGUCAAAGAAAAAGGUGUUGCCUAUAUCCCUGAGCACUCACUGAAGAUAAAUGCAACUUCCAGCAUUUCCAAGGGCAUUAUUUAAGAGAGGCUUACGGUUGGUUGAAUAUCAUUGUACAAUUUAUUGAGUACCUUUGCAGUAAAUAGAGAUGGUUGCUUACCCGGAUUUCAGAAUUGCUCUGCCCACACACAGUCGUGGCACCAAGGUAUCGUUGGAUAGGGUAGCAGUGUGGUUAUUGGCAUGUCCAUUUGUUUCAGAAAUAGAGCUUCACUUUUUAUUGUAUUUUAAAACCACGAGCUUAACAUAGAUUAUUGUUACAUACCCCUUUACGGGGAAGAAUGUAAUCUUUAUAGAUAAAUCUAUUUUUUUGUGAAGAUGUACGUAUUUGGUCUUUUGAGAGUUGAAAGCAAUGAGCAGUGAGUGUGUUUCAAUUGGUCUUCAGUGAGAGCCUUGUACCCAUGAAUUGCUUCCUACUCUUUUUAGCCAUUUAAUGUACAUUAUUGACGUGAUUACAUUUGCA